CGAAAACCCAAAAAUGAUUCUCUCCAAAACCCUCCGUUCUCAUCAAAUUCGCACUCUCUCCAAUCUCUCACACACCUCCCUGAGUCAUCUUCCCCUAAACCCUAAACAACACCACACUGAACCCCAUUUGAUUUCUUCCACCAUACCCACUUCAAUUUUCAGCAGAAACAUCUCUCUUUCCUCUCAAUUCCGACACGAAUUCGCUACCCAAAACCCAAACCACAACUCAAAGAAGCCAUUAGAAGCCUUUUUCACAGAAGCAAUCGGGUUAUCCAAACCCGACACCGAAGAUGGCCACGAUGAAAAGAAAGAACUCAAGAAAAGCUUGCAAAAAUUGGAGGAGGAAUUGAGAAGAUCUAAGAAAGACCCAUCGAAAGAAACAACGACCUCAUCAAAUUCGUUUUCGAAAAAGCCAUUAGAAACCCUUUUCACAGAAGCAAUUGGGUUAUCGAAAAUUGGGGAAGAAAUCGAUAUUAAUGAGAUUGAAAACGAUGGUCGAGAAUCACAGAAGGGUUUGAAGACGUUAUCGAGUUUCUUUUUGAGUAACGAUCAAAGAGGGAAAUUGAUAAAAGAAUCUAAGAAAUUAGAGGAAUCGAUGGAUUUCAAACAGCUAUCAUCUGAUAUGGCUGAAUUUGCAGCUUAUUUGCAUUCAAAAGGGUAUUUGAAAACUGCAAAUUUCCUCCAAAACAAUAAGUUUGAUGUUUCUUGUUUUGAGAACAGUUUUGGCAGGGAUUACUUGAAGUUUGCAGCUGAAAAUUUUGCUAGAGAUCAUCGGGAAAUCCACAAGUGGUUGCCCGAUAAGGAUUUGAAAACGGUGGCGCAAUUCGGAUGCCCUUCCCUUGGCCGGAAGAACAUUUUCUCAGCCAAAUCAAUGCGCCUUUUUUACGGGAUUCAAGAAGAAACCGUAUGCAACAAGUGUGUGUUGAAAGAGUCGUGCAAGUUCGUGAACCAGAGUGUUUGGAAAAAAGGGGCGAAGAAUAUGGAUUUGAUCGCUGUAAUGAGGGUCGUAACGUUGUAUGGUCUCGAGGCCAUACCGACUCAGUUAGAAGUUCCCGAUGACGUAAAGAAUGCCGUCAACCGGUUGCUAAAAGAAGUCGUUCGGUUAAGUAAAAUUGAAUCUUGAGGGUCAGGUACUUGCGUAUACAUUAAACAACAAGGGGAAAAUACCAGAAAAUUAACUAAUUUGUCUUUUAGGGCCUGUUUGUUAGCAACUUAAGAAGCUUAAUGUGACUCACUGCUUGUUUGGACAACGAUACAUGAAUGUUUGGAAAUGACUGAUA